UAUAAAUCGGACAGAACUAUACGUUCAUUUCAAAGGAAACCGAUUAAACCCUUCGCCAAAAGGGAAUGGCUUUGGUGUAAACAUUUCUUGGGAUGAACCAAUAUUUAACAAGAGACUGACGGGGUAUCAGUUUUCUUAUCAAGUUGGCAAUCGAAAAAUGGUAGUGAACGAAACUGUAAGUAUUUAAAAUAAGUUUUAUUUUGCCGUUGAAAUAAAAUCAGUAUCUGAAUUAAACGUAGUCUAAACAGCGUACAAAUGUAACCUCUAACAGAUCUCUGAUUGAGAGUAGUUAUUGGUUUACUCCUUUCCAUGAAGGAAUACCUCUACACGCGUAGAGUGGCUGCCAUCCUCACUUUAUUAUUAUUAUUAGAAGCGGAAGGAAGCUAGUGGAGUUCCACACGGUACUGUUUUAGGACCCGUAGUAGUCCUCACAUAGUAAAGAGACAUUCAUUAUGCAUGUCUGUUAAGCGUGAAAAGAGUAUGCUUUCGGGCAUUUCAGUGGGUGAAAAGGACAGUAAUAUAACCCAUGUAUAAACGUCGUUAGAUGGAAGAAGCAAAAAUUCAAGCUUUGAUUUAACGAAUUAUCGUCAUUGUGAAAUGUUGCACAACAUCAAGUUAAGAUUGCUUUAAGAAGCAAGCCUGUAGGUCUUCGCAAAGCUCCCUAAGCCCUUCCUUUCCUUUGAUCUUUACUGCCACUUUUUCUUUUAGAAAAAAACUCACUUUAUUAUUCCCGAGGUGAUGCAUGGCGAGCAAUUUACUUACCGGGUAAGAUUUUCCUCUAAAUCAGUUUUCCUAUGAUAGUUUUUAUGCGGUGCCCGCUGCUGCAGCACAUUUCAGCCAAGUGUGUAUCAAGGGUAAAGUAAGCAUUUUUCUUGGGAUGCUCUGUCGGCUUCUCCGUCAUUCUUUCCAUACUCUUAAUUAACCAUACCUAUAAGGGAACGUUUGUUAUGUCGAUUCCACUGUUUUUCGUAUCGCUUUUACCUUGCGAUCUUGCUACUUCUCUUGCAGGCUCAAGUUCAAUAUAGUUCGUAUACAGUUUUUUUAAUUACGUUUUUAUUUAUUUAUUCAUUUAUUUUUUAUACAGGACCCAAAUUGAAAGCAGUUUUUAUAACUGAAAUGGUCAUGCUGUCUAAACUUUUAUUAUUAUUAUUAUUAUUAUUAUUAUUAUUAUUAUUAUUAUUAUUAUUAUCAUCAUCAUUAUUAUUUGCCUAGCAUGGUCACGCGUUAGCAGGAACCCAUAACCCUGACAUUGGUCACGCUCUACGUCCCAUUUUUAUCUCGGAUUGGUCAAAAUUUGACAGGUGAGUUCAUGAAGAAAAUUUAUGCGGCGUGUGGAAACUUGUUUAAUGUUAGCUGAAGCUGACAGAGUUUUGUGUCAUCAUAUGAUGUUUUAAACCACUGGAUGUAGAAAAUGAAAUAUAGCUGCUAUCAAGAUUCUUCUGUUAUUCAUGGCUGGUUUGUUUAUUGGAUUUUUGGUUGAGAAAUGCGCCUCUUGUCGAAGAUAUCGGAAAUCCGAUUUCGGAAGGCAUCGUUUCCAAAAAUGAGCUUACUCUACCUCACCUUGCUUGAUGCUUGAGAGGGUUGAAAAGACUCAAACGAUUGUUGCCUUACUUGAUGGCAUUCAGGAGCAGUAUCUCGACUGGUAAGCAUUAGUAAUUACUGAAGUCGAUGUUUUUUUUUUCUGUUAUCAUGAAGUCGAGCGUAGUUUAUGCGGCUAAUUUAUGCGCGUUUGUAAGCAGUGAUCUGACCUAGUAUCAGGUUUGAUAUACAGAACUUUAAAAGCCUUUAGACAUUUUCGCACCGCAAAUUCUAGAAAGAAGACGUUCUGAAGAAUAUUUAGUCAUAAUUUUGGUUGGAAAAAGAAAGCUUUGCGCAAUUUUCUUGCCCGGAGUUCAUCUUGGAAAAUAGCAAACACGGGAAGCCGGCUUAAACAUAAAUCUGCAAGGUUUUAUACAUAAGUUAGGAUUUUCACAGACACUUCACUCUCAAUUAUUCGUAAAUGAAAGUUGUCUCUUUAAAUGUUUCACCGAGUUGCAUUUCUUGUCUUGAUUGUUACACAGCAUGAAAAAUCAAAUUUAGGUGAGCGUAAUGACAGCGUAAAGUGAGCGUAUAGUUGAAUUUUACACAACUUUACGCUUCCUUUACUCUACGUAAAGUUCAGCUUUACAGCACCUUUACGUGUACAUAUAAAGCUGGCGUAAUGAAACAAAAACUUUACGCAACACCUUUACGUUUUUCGUAAAGCUUGUGUAAACCCUACUUUAAGAUUAUGUAAAGCAAAAUAACAAGCUCCUUUUCGCCAAAUAUAUAUAUAUAUACACAUAAACACACUGGAAACUUUAAAAAUACCGGUAAAUAUAAUGGUAAUCGGUAAAUUUUUCUUACCAGACUUUUAACAAUCAACUGAAUAUUUUAUUUUUCUCCAUGUCAAAUACCUGAAUUUUCCACACAAACAUCGGAUUUUUGUUGUGUACUUAAUACCGGUUUUUCUCUUUGGUUCCCCAUGAUCUCUCCAUAGUAUUUACAAUCUGGAGCCAUGGAGGAUUACUCAUAUAUACAUUACAAAUAAUUGUAUGAGUAAUUCUCAAUUCAAGUUUCGACACAAAUUAAAUGAAAUACCCUAAUAUGUAACAACACUUCAACACACAGUCGAGGAUAGUUUCCAACUUGCUUCUGAUUGGAUUAAAUCUGCAUGGAAGAAUGUGAAUAAAUCAAAAGCUGCCACACUUUUGGGCUCCUUGCUGUAACUGAAAGUGAUAAAUUGCUUUUGAUGAAACUGUUAUUUUCUAACCAUUAGCAGAACUUUAAAUGUGCCAAAAGUGACAAUUCAAUACUUUCAAUUCAAUUACAUUUCCCACACAUUCGGGGAAAAGCUUUAAAUCUCAAGAAAACUUUAAAUAUUUUAUUUCAAUGAAAGUUAUAAGUAUGACAAGAGUAUGUGUAAAAUUUAGUUUGCAAACUAAACUGUUUGAUUGCCUCAAUAGUUAAAGAAAGAGACAUUUUAUGGCAUCUAUAAUUAUAGUUAUUAAGGAAACGUUCAGUGUCUAAAAUUCUGGCGAAGUUGCCAUUCGACAUGCCUUCUUUUUUGGUCGUGUAAUGCUGACUGGUUGUGCACCACUUGAUGUCAAACCCACAGGAGUAAGUCGCGUAUGCCCUCUCCUUGGCAAAAAGUUUGCCCUUGCCCUAGGAGUGAGCCUUUCAAGAGCAGCAUCAUCGAGGCUUCUUUUAACUCUAGUAAGUGCUGAUCUCUCCCAGGGUGUUUUUUUUUCACAAGGUAUCCUGAGAGUUUCUGGACUCCAUUUUCACUCCCUGAAAAGUCUGACUCAUCAGAGCUGGUGUAUUCAAGGCUUCCAAUUGCACGCUCAAUUUGUACUUUUUUGUCCUCUGACCAAGGCAUAGUCUCAAGGGUCGCCAGCCUUCUUUGGAUUUUCUAAGUACAAGACAAAAAUAUAUAUGACUGUUGAGAACAAUACUGUAAACGCAUCCAUAAAACAUUUUUUGCCACACUUCAAAUCCUAGAAUAGAAAACCUAUUUGCAUACACAAGCUUUUGACUCAAUCACAGAAUCUUCAUCAAUUUUUUGCGAUGGAACUGGAUGUUACUGACAUACAAUAAGAAUACAUCUAAAAGGGGCUAUAUCACAAUAUUUGCUAUCUUUUUUAAAAGCUUUAACAAACAUUCAUAUCAGUUUAAUUUAAAAUAUUAUGGCCGAGUUUUGUUAUUUCAUACAGUCGAACCUCUUUAAUAUGGACACCGAAGGAACAGAGCAAUUGUGUCCGCAUUAGAGAGGUGUCCGUAACAAAGAGGUCACUAUGAUGACGUCACUUUUAGGAUUCCACUUACAGUUUUAAGUGUUCAGUAGCUAAAACCAGGCUCAUACUCAUCGUUAAACGGCACUGAAAGUUAUUAAUGCACAGUACAAAGACACUGUCUUUCAGUAGCUUCAGCGCAAUGCUACAAGCUACAGCGCAAUGCUGCAUGUAAAAGGGUGUAACAUAAAGCACAAUUCUGAAGGCGUCUUUCACUAGUUUGCAAGUGCAGUAAACUUUAACUAGAGUACAACAUGGAAUAGAAAAGAUCUUUAUGCUAUAUUUAGUUACUGAAGGCUUCAAAAAGUCGGUUAUGUUCCUCUGAGCACCUUUCGUAAAUUGUUGUUUGGUAUAUGGCAACCGGGAUUUAUAUAAACCUAUUUCAAUUGAGGUUGCUUCAGAGAAAAAUGAUGCAUGAUCCAUGUUUCAUGGCCAGUGGUGCAUUAUUGUAACAAGUCGAGUAAAUUAUGUGCCCGCAACGAGCCCAAUUUUAAUCGCUGUGCCGGUUGUUUUCAGUCGUAGGUGAACAUCGUAUGCAGGAGUACUCAAAAUGCCACGCGUAUCAAACGCUUCUAAAGAUUACACAUAAUAAAAAAACGUAACUCUAUUACUGUUCAUUCAAACACUUGUCAGCUGGCACUGCAAAUUUGGCGCUUGUCAAAAGUCAGAACCGGCUGGCCCUAUGGGUGAUUUUGAAAAGUAUUCGAAAUUUUCUGCUAAAAGCCCAUUAAUACCCGGCAUACUGCAAAGGAGCAGAUUGAUUUGAUUGAACAGUCCCGACAUUUUUGGAAUUCUCUUCAUGAAAACGUUCUAUAAUGUGGUCAAUUCUAUAAUUUAUUGUGCAAGGGAAGCGCGUGGAUCGUCUGGAAUAUUGAAUGAGUGCAAUUUGUCUUGCAAAAUUGUGAAAAACUGUCACAACGUAUUUUAAGUAUUUUUGACCAUGCAACUUUAAAAAAUUAUAUCUCUUCUGUUAUUUACAGUUCCAUAUCAAGCUAUACCUCAUUGGAAAGGGCAAAAAUUAAACUUUCAGAAAAAAAAUAUUUCGGUCUCAGGGAAACCAUAAUAUUCUGCACAAAAAAAAUAAACAAGGCAUAUUUCUAGAUAAUUAUUUUUAAAAAAAUUUAAUAGUGUAAUUUUGCCAGAAAAGUUGUAUAUUUUAUGUAGUACAGUACAAAUAAGUUUUUUUCUUCA